AUGGCGUUAAACGGUAAAGCCGCUCGAGCUUUGGAGCAGGUGAAGAAUGGCCUGAGUAUGCUUUACGGAGCAGACUAUUUUACUGAGGACGAAUGGGUCAAGAUCGACGGUUUAAUUCACAAGGGACAAUAUGUUUUUACCAGCGGCCCUCCGACCACCAACUUUUUAGAAGACGAAUUGAUGAGCUUCGAUGAUGGAAAAGCGGCUACCCCUACUCCGGAUUUGCACUCAGAGCUAGUAGAUACCAACGAAUUAUCUGCGAAGAACAAUAUCGAAGAUCCUGUAGUCGACACAAAAAAAGAAGUAGAGAACGAAAACAAUCUCGAAAUUGACAAUGCCGUCAAGGACCAGAGCCUUUCUGCUAGUCUUGCAGCAGAUGUCUCGACUGAUGCUACUAUUCCCGCCUCCGAUAAACCCACACAGGCCGACACUACAUCUUUCGAAACCCCAAUUCCUCAAUCUCUCGAGAUCUCCUCCGACGAAGAGCCUGCGUCUGCGUCUGAACCCGCAAAAUUGGACUCGGAAGAACACUCCUUCGAUUUAUCGUCCGACCUCUCACAGCCACCUCAAGAGCCUGAACGAUUUGAAGAAGAGCCAGCUGAAGAGUCAUCAUUCGAUUUGUCCUCGGGUCUCUCACAGCCACCUUCUCAAGCACCAGAGACUGAGGAGAAACCAUUCGAGGAGCUGGUCAAGCGCGAAUCAAUUAACCGACCGGCUAAUGGCGGUCUUGCAUAUUAUUCCAAGGAACAAUUGGACGAGCUCAAGGCGUUCAAUGCUGGUUUGACAAAGGCAGGUGAUAAGAAAAAGUCAAGCAAACGAGUUCAAAACUCGUAUCCAUCUCCUGAUGACUCUGAACGCGAUCCUUGGACCGGCGAGGAGACGUACCAAGAACCUUCUGCCAACCACGACUAUCCUUCUCCCGCUACGACUGACGAAGACAGCAGAAUUCACAACUGGGCCUCUGGAAUUGGAUCACAGGCCAAUACCGCGCCUGCAACAGACCCGAAAACGCAAAUGGUCAAUGACUUUAUCAGAACUCACGGACGGAUGCCAAAAAGCGUCAACGAUAUCUAUCAACCCAACAAUAGCGGAUUUACACCACUUACAAGUCGUCCCGCAUCAAGAGCUACCAGCAUCAGACCUAUAAAGACCUCCGUGUCGAAAUCAAUCGCCGGCGUUGUCGCUACCCUUAAUCCAGGCUCUGCAAUUCCGCAUUUGAAUGUUGCUCUUGGCACCAUCCUAGUUGCCCAAAGCUAUCAGGAAGCAGCACCGGGCCAGCUCCGAAUUGAGGUUCUGGAAGGUGACCAAAUCAAAGUCCUGAAGCACGUGUCUGGCGCUUUUCACCACGGCCAGAAUCUGAGGACAGGGAAAUCAGGCCAAUUCAAUGAGGCUAUCUUUCGCCGGCCCUCUGGAGCACAAAGUGCUGCUUCAAACAAUACAAGGCGUUCUGCUGUCGCCCAGCCUACCGGUAGGGUCGAAGGAUUCGAACGCGUCAAUGCUUCGGAAUGGGAUGAGGUUCCUGUCACGACUCGAGCCAGGACUGUUGCUCCUUCUCCGUUCAGGCCGGCCGCCAAUGGUCUAGCUAGCUCAAGAUAUGCUGUGCUUGCAGAUACGAAGAGUGAAGACUCUGAUAGUGUUGUUCACAGUAUGACACGAGAAGAUGUUGACAAGCUUGUCGACGAGAGAGUCAAGAAGCUCCUUGAGAACGGAAACGUCCCAGCCAGCCCUUUGAAAGGAACCCGGCCACCCAGGACAAGCGGUAAAAUCAUUGAGCCACUCAAGAAGGUCGAACCCAAGACCGCAACCUGCUGGUUCUGGGCCACCCCCGGAAAAGACUGCCGAUUUACUGCUGAAGAGUGUAGAGAUCUCCACGCCUGGUCCGACCCUGACCCGAAUGCUGACCCCGCGAAUCUUCGCAUGGGCAAACCUACAUGGGGCGCCCUCGCCGAUAUCGACGGUCCUGCCAGUCCUCUCCCCGCGGGCCAUAAUGUCCGUCUGAGCUCACAUCUUCAAGGCUCAAAAGCCGGCUUCACACCUGUAGAGUCGACCAUCGUGCCCCCGAACAAAUUCACCUGCCAUUUCUGGGCCAACGGGGGGAAAUGCCAGUUCAGCGCCACGGAAUGUAAGUACAUGCACGACUGGAGUCCGAACGGUGUGGCAAAACCUCCUUCCAAGUGGAACGGCCAAAAGAUCAACAGUUGGUCGCGCUGGGGAAAGGAGAGGCCUCAGGGUAGUGGCAAUGAUGCGUGGGGUGAGUCGACGGGUGGAUGGGGUGAGAGCAACAACAAUAACGCUUGGGAGACAAACGCAAACACCACGACGGAAAACGCGGAGGGAGAUUUCGUUAUUCAAGAGGUUAAGAACCCCGACGAUCCCGUCACGAGCUGGGGCGCCGCCGAUGACUCCUGGGAAGUCACCAGCAGUGCCGCCGGCGCAUGGGGCCAAACCCUCCCCAAAAACGGUCUGAACAGUGCGUCCGCCAGCGCAUGGGGCGAGGUCGAUACCAGUAAACCACCGCAUGUCAGGGCGUUGGAGGAGAAAGCCCGCAUUGAGACUCUAGGCUGGUGA